AUGCCAAACCUGUCAGCUGUGACAGUUUGUCUGUGGAUGAAAACCGCUGAUACUAGAAAUGAAGGAACACCCCUGAGCUAUGUUGUGUCUGGAGGACGCGAGGAGCUUCUCCUGUAUAACUAUAGAAAUUUUAGGGUUUUCAUCAACAACCAUCACAGUGGUUAUACUUCUGUAUCCGCCAAUGAUGGAAAGUGGCAUCAUAUCUGCCUCACAUGGGAGAAUACCGCUGGAUCAUGGAAAUUGUUUCGAGAUGGUUCGGUUGCUGCUUCUGGUAAAAGUUUUCAAACAGGUAAAGUGAUUCGUGCAAAUGGAUCCCUGGUACUAGGGCAGGAGCAAGACUCAAAGGGAGGAAAAUUUGAAGCCAUUCAAUCUUUCAUCGGUGAAAUGACAGGUGUCAACAUUUGGGAUCACGUCAUAAAAGACCGAGAAAUCGCACGCAUGUCAAAGUCGUGCCUGACGGGGGUGGGCAACGUGUUUCAGUGGCGCGAGUUCAAAGCUCACAUCAAGGGCUCAGUGAAGAUAAUUAAGCCAUCGUGCUGA